UGGAUAAGGCUGACAUUCUUGAGCAUCGACGUGGUUUCAGAGGGGCUUUCAUCUCACAAAACUGGACCCGUGUAGAAUGACCAUGUAUAAGGGAAAGCGUCGUAAUCAACGAUACAUUAACAUGGCAGGGGAUCACAAACCGUACCGGCCAAAGCCAGGCUCCAAACGGCCGCUGUCAGCUAUAUACAGUGGUUAUGAAUUUGACUAUGACUACUACAGGGAUGACUUCUACAGUCGGCUGUUUGACUACCAUGGCCGGGUGGCACCUCCCCCCAGGGCGGUGGUCCCCUUGAAGCGCUCCCGGGCCCUUACUCCAUCCAUACGCAGUGGGAAGACAUCCUUCCCCAUCAAGACCACCUCCUAUUCCUCCUCUUCCUCCAGACCACCCACCUCCUUCUCCUCCUCUACCUCUUCCGUACUCAAGUCAGUGAAGACGGACCAGCUCCAGACCAUCAAACUAGAGCUGACUCAGAUCAAGAUGAAAAUCGACUCUCUGUUGGGUCGCCUGGAGAAGAUCGAGAAGCAGCAGAGAGCCGAGUCCGAGGCUCCGAGAAAGUACGAGGACAACUGUGAUUCUCCCCACGAGAAGUCUGUGUCGGAGAAAGCCGAGACCUCCGGAGAGGAGACUGGCGAUGGGGCGCUGGAUGUCGAGGCCGGGGAGAUGACCGAUAGGGGCGAGGACGACUACGACGAAGACAACAGCUACAAUUUGAUAGAGAACCAUGUUUCUGACAUUGACAACUGAGAACAGGACGAGGGAGCGGACAUCUCACCUUAUACUCUACGGCAUCAAGAAACAUCAUCAUCACCUCUGAGAGAAACCAAAGGAAAGAACAAUUGUGUGGUGUAAAAACAAUAUGGCGUCUCCUUCCUUUCCUCUCUUUCUGUGUAGCAGAGACAUGAACAACAUUAAGAUACCCCACUUUGCAGCAGUAACUAUAUGAAUAUGGCCUGCUGCUGUCAGAAAAAAUCUAAUGUUACUGCAUCUGCCCUAAUUCACUCCAUGGAUAUUCAAUUUGCAAUUGUUUUUGAGAGACUGAUUCGAUCAUAUUGAUGCUAGAGAGAGAAGAAAAUACUGAUGUUGAUAAUAACUGUCACUCCCUUGAGUUAUGUUCACAUUUGUUUAUGUGUGGCAUUUAAUUUCCGUACUGAACACAGUCAGAGAGGACAAUUUUGCAUAAGUGUCUAAGUUUUUGUCCUGUAGAUUUUAUCUCUUGUUUUUAUUUUUUAUUUGACCCGACAGUCAUAAAUAUGAUAAAUGAUGCACUAUUGAAAUCACAAAUGUUUUUUUGAAAGGAUUUGGAAUUGUAUGGAACAACAUCGAUCUUGGCAGUUUUGGGCCCUUACCCAUGCAUAAGAGAUAGCCUUUAGCGUAACUUUUCCAGUUUAUCAAUUUAUUACAUGCAUGCCCUGGGGGGAUGUUCCAUAAUUUAUUCCGACCUCCUGCCGAAUUUCAAAGGGGAAAACGGGCUUCCUGUGAUAGCCAGCCCACAUCUGCCUUGGCGUCCUGCCAGGGAGCAGUGCCCCCUGCCGCCCCUGCACAGUCUGUACUAUCCAGCAUGGAUCGCUCUAUAGGAAGCUGUGCCCUCUCUCUCCAUACGGAUCUGAUACAAGGAGAGAAACUUAUUUUAGCACACCGCUAAAAUAAGUGGCUUAAAAACCUAUUUGAGCGAAAAUGAAAAGAGGGAGAAUUUCAGUGCUGCACUGUCAUUUAUCUUGUUCCAAUCAGCCUAAUUGAAUAAUUAAUGCAAUUGCUCCCAAUGGACUAAUUAGACUAGUUUGAAUUCAUUGGUGGGAUUGGACGUUGAAAUAUCUUUCUGUCAAUUAAAUUAUAAUUUUUAUGUUCAUCUUGGAGUCACCUAAUACAAGGUCAAACAGAGUUCCAUUGAUUAAAAGUUUCUGAUGACCUGAAAAGAAAGAGCAGUGGAUUAUAUCAAUGCACUUUCUUGUACAAUUUCUAGGUUGCAAUUCUUCUGCUGAACGAGCUAUGUGUAUUUGGAGUUGAAUUACAAAGGUUCAGAAACUGCCUCUUUACAUUAAUCUAGAGGCAGAGAUUCUGCCGGUAACUCUGUAUGAUUUCACAAUGAUAUAUGUUCUUGUGUCAAAUUAAAAACAAAAAUAUUCCAUUCUUCGCUCUCAAAAACAUUGUUUAAAAGGCAUUCAGGGUUUCACUGUGAUGCAUCCACACUACUGAAAUACAACAUUGUCACUAUACCAUUCAAAGCACAUUUUAAGUAGGUAUUGUAAUAAAUUAGAUAACUAUGUGGGCCAACUAGGUGGAUCAAGAGAAAUGCUCAUUUUAGCAUAGAUGGAUUUACUGAAUUGCAGGCUUUGAUUGAAUCCUUAGCUGACACCAUUGAAUUAAGAAAAAUAGUGUCAAUAGAUCAAUUGUUUUGGUUUGUUUGGUUGAUUGUUUGUUUAUUUGUCUGUUAACGGGUCAAUUGCAAUAAGUAGUGUCUCAUGUUUUCUAUACAAGGUCAUCUACGAUUAAAAUUUGACUCUAUUUUGUCUGCCGACAGUUUAUGCUACUCUGCAGCAAACCUUGCUAUCAAAAGCAACGUGUAAUUUGGUGCAAGUGCAGCCAUCGUUUACAUACAGAGGAUGAACCCAAAAACAUAGAAACACCACAGAGUUGGAGAUGAUCUUAAAGCCCAGACAAUGAGAUGAUAUCCUGAUCUUGUUGCAAUUGACCCCCUAUGUUUAAAAUAAAACUAUACUGUAUUAGGGAUGGAAGUGGAAAAGGGUAUUUUAGAAAUGUGCAAUUAAAUAAUAUUGUUGUACAGUGCCUUCGGAAAGUAUUCAGACCCCUUGACUUUUUCCACAUUUUGU